CUCCCUGUCGUCUACGUCCCUUCCGCCCGCUCCCUUCGCCUCCCAAUAUCUCCUCCCCCUGUCUCCUUCCCCCGGCCAUCUACGGCACCGGAUUUCGUUGCCGCCUUGCCUUGACCCCUUCCCGGAACAUCCAUUCCCCGCUUCUUUAUUCCAAGCUGCUGCCUUCGUGGCUCCGAGCGCACCGUGGUCUGUUUCUUGGUUUGAUUCCCCCGGAUUGGAGCCGGAGCACGGCGAAAGGUGGCGUCUUGGUGAGACGCGGCCCCGCCGAGUUGGUUGCCGCUGGCGGUGGUCGUGGUGCGGCUGGGAGUGCGUGGCGAGGCGGCGGUGAAGUCUUCCUCUGACUGACCCUGCCGGGGGAGUGGUGGGAAAGCGGGGUCAAAGGAGGCAGCUUUAUUCCCCUUGCUUGUCCCCAACUCGCAUUUUGGCGCCUCGUUUGUGAUCCCACGCGGUUCUCGGGGAAUUUUGAUUGGAUUUCUGGUGGGAUCGGCGCGGAGGCGGUGGCGGCGCUUGGCGUGGAUCCAGGAAGGUUUUGACUGCGUUGGGAGGAGGUGGCGGUGCUGUUGCGGUUCUUCUUCUUGCUGUUGUUCUUGGCAUGAGCGUGGGAGAUGGGGACGGAUUACUACAAUGUGCUCAAGGUGAACCGGAACGCGACGGAGGAGGACCUCAAGAAAUCGUACCGCCGGCUGGCCAUGAAGUGGCACCCGGACAAGAACCCCGGCGACGCCAAGAAGGAGGCCGAGGCCAAAUUUAAGAAGAUCUCCGAGGCCUACGAGGUUUUGAGUGAUCCCCAGAAGAGAGCAAUAUAUGACCAAUAUGGCGAGGAGGGUCUGAAGGCCUCUGCAGAGGGUGGUGGUUCCUCAUCCAUGAAUGGGUCUGCCAACCAACGUUUCAAUCCUCGCAAUGCUGAAGAUGUCUUUGCUGAGUUCUUUGGCAGCAGCAAGCCUUUCGAGAAUAUGGGGCGCGCUAAGUCAAUGAGGUUCCAGACAGAAGGCGCUGGCACUUUCGGUGGGUUUGGUGGAAACGAGAACAAGUUCAGAUCAUACAAUGAUUCAACCGGCACGAGUUCAAAUCAGGCUCGGAAGCCACCGCCUGUGGAAACCAAACUGACAUGCACACUUGAAGAGCUGUAUGCAGGUUCAACGCGCAAGAUGAAGAUAUCCAGGAAUGUUGUGAAGCCGAAUGGGCAAAUAGGGACUGAAUCUGAAAUUUUGACAAUUGAUAUAAAGCCUGGUUGGAAGAAGGGAACCAAGAUCACAUUCCCAGACAAGGGAAAUGAGAAUCCAAACCAGCUCCCUGCCGAUCUCGUCUUUGUCAUCGAUGAGAAGCCCCAUGAUCUGUACACAAGAGAAGGCAACGAUCUCCUAGUCCACCGGAAGAUCGCCUUGGUGGAUGCAUUGGCAGGAACCACAGUCAAUCUGAAGACCCUCGACGGGCGUGACCUGGUGAUUAAGCUCACAGAUGUGGUGACACCAGGGUAUGAGCUUGUGAUUGCGAAGGAGGGGAUGCCUAUUGUCAAGGAAAACGGGAGAAGAGGCAACCUGCGGAUCAAGUUCGAUGUCGAUUUCCCUAAGAGGUUAUCGUCAGAGCAGCGGCACAACAUUAGGAAGGUUCUUGGAGGUCAAGCUCAGCAGCAGUGAACACACGUCAAAACAAAACCGAUCACCUGUCCCAUAGUCCCGGCGGCGGGAGUGCAGACUAAUUCAGAUGUUCUUUUUCUUCAGCUGGCCUGUAUGUUUAGUUCAUUUUCCUUUGGGGUUAUUUUCUGAUCUUCUCCUUUAUUGGGAAAAUAGGAUAUUGAAGACCACAUGUGUAAUAUAAAAGUCAAGUCUUUGUGCCUUCAUUUACAGAUUCCAGCGUUAUGCU